AUGCUGGGGCAGGCCGAAUGUUUCAAGUUUUUGUUUGAACGGGAGCAUGGAUCACGUCCUGCAACAAGGAAGAUUUCCCUCCCGCGCCACUUGUUGGGAAGGGAGACGGGAAGAUGGCCAUUGCGAUCGACAAAACUCGCUUUCGCUUAUCGGUUUCAAGCUCCGUGUUUUAGCUAUGGACAUGGGGGAGGUCUUACGCUUCCCCGACAACAGGUACGCGGUAACAUCAUGAAUCAAACACUACCUGGGAAUCCCGUGAAUGUGGCUUGA